AGUUGCAUAAAAUAACUAUUGCUUUGAAGCAAUUCCAAGAUUCAAGAAGAGUAAAAAAGAGAGAAAGAAACGGCCAAUAAAGAAUAACGCUGCACAAGAUCUCAACCUCCACUUCUCUCAUUUCCGUUUCUACCUACCUCCUCUAUCUGUCUCGCUCAAUUACCAAAAGCCUCUCAAAAUGUCUCUUCCCUGUGCAAAUUAGGGUAAGAAUUUUAGAUCUCGGAGGCUGUCCUGCGUGAGCUAAUUGCAUCCAAUUCUCGGAUUUCGGGUGCUGGAUUAUAGGUGUCGCUGGUGACUGAUUCGCCGAUUGAUGCUUCUCUGCAAAACUCUGGUUCGGACGCUCGAAUGGAAUCGUUCUGGAGCCACAAAGGCGCGCCUCACCCGUGGCAUUUCGUCGUCGCUGUCUACUACGCUGUCGGCUUCGUCGUCGCGAGGUUCUUCUUUGACAAAUUCAUCUUUCGCAGGUUGGCCAUCUGGUUGUUGAGUAACGGAGAUGUUCCAUUGAAGAUUGAUGAAGCAACACGGGGAAAGAUUGUAAAAUGCUCGGAGUCAAUGUGGAAGCUAACAUACUAUGCCACUGUCGAAGCAUGCAUUAUCAAAAUUACAUUCAACGAACCAUGGUUCAGGGAUGCAAAAGGAUUCUUUAGAGAUUGGCCAAAUCAAGAGCUGCUGCUUCCCCUAAAGCUUUACUACAUGUGCCAAUGUGGAUUCUACAUCUAUAGCAUUGCUGCCCUCCUUACAUGGGAGACUCGAAGGAAGGAUUUCUCAGUGAUGAUGUCUCAUCAUGUAAUUACUGUUGCCCUGAUUGGGUACUCAUAUAUUUCAAGCUUUUUUCGGAUUGGCUCAAUUAUCCUUGCCCUGCAUGAUGCGAGUGAUGUAUUCAUGGAAGCUGCUAAGGUUUUUAAAUAUUCUGAGAAGGAGCUUGCAGCAAGUGUCUUCUUUGGAUUCUUCGCCAUUUCAUGGUUUAUUCUACGGCUAAUAUUCUUUCCUUUUUGGGUUAUAAAAGCAACAAGCUGUGAUCUUCUUGAAUGCUUGAAUCCAUCAGAGGCGUAUGAUAGAUUCCUUUACUAUCUUUUCAAUACAAUGUUGGUGAUGUUACUUGUGUUUCACAUAUACUGGUGGGUACUUAUAUGCUCAAUGAUCCAGAGACAAUUGAAAAAUAGAGGAAAAGUUGGAGAAGAUAUAAGAUCUGAUUCAGAGGACGAUGAAUAGGUGGAAGAUUUUGAUCAAGUUUUCAUGCUCUCAUUGAUGAUGUAGCCCCCAGGGAAUUACUUUCGACGUCUUUGUUGUAGGUUUGUCUCUGAUCUCAAUCGGUCAUCUCCAAUUGCACCAAUUGGAGGGGGUUGGCACCUUUAUUUGGUUUCUAAUUUUCCCUCGAUUCUUCGGGUAGAGAUGAGUGGGUAGGACCAUUAAGCAUAUCUCUUCAUGAUAUCUUUUUGGUGUAUAAACAAUAGGCUAUUCGUGUAUAAUUGUUCUCUGGAUAAUGGUUUGUUUUGAUUAGUGCUUAAAACGGAUAAAUGAAGAUCCAAAAAGAAGAAAAAAAUAUCUUUCUUUUUUUU